CUCUGCUCUGCUCUGCUCUGCUCUGAAUAUAGUGUGACUGAACUGAAUAGUGAGUGAGUGGGUGAGGAGGCGAGAGGAAGAGGGAGAUGGGGAAGGGAGGGAAAGGAACCGAGGCGGCCGGCGAGGGGGAGGAGAACAUGGCGGCAUGGCUGGUGGCCAAGAACACCCUCAAGAUCAUGCCUUUCAAGCUUCCACCGCUAGGCCCUUAUGAUGUCCGGGUGCGGAUGAAGGCAGUGGGGAUAUGCGGCAGCGAUGUGCAUUACCUCAGGGAGAUGCGCAUCGCGCAUUUCGUGGUGAAGGAGCCUAUGGUGAUUGGGCACGAGUGCGCGGGCGUCAUCGAGGAGGUGGGCACCGGGGUGACGCACCUGGCCGUGGGCGACCGCGUGGCGCUGGAGCCCGGCAUCAGCUGCUGGCGCUGCCGGCACUGCAAGGGCGGCCGCUACAACCUCUGCGACGACAUGAAGUUCUUCGCCACCCCGCCCGUGCACGGCUCGCUCGCCAACCAGAUCGUGCAUCCCGGCGACCUGUGCUUCAAGCUCCCCGACAACGUGAGCCUGGAGGAGGGCGCCAUGUGCGAGCCCCUGAGCGUGGGCGUCCACGCGUGCCGCCGCGCGGAGGUCGGCUCGGAGAAGAGCGUGCUGAUCAUGGGCGCCGGCCCCAUCGGUCUGGUCACCCUGCUGGCCGCGCGGGCCUUCGGCGCGCCGCGGAUCGUGAUCGUGGACGUGGACGAGCACCGCCUGUCGGUCGCCAAGUCCCUGGGCGCGGACGCCGCGGUGAAGGUGUCGACGAGGGCGGAGGACGUCGGGGAGGAGGUGGAGCGCAUCCAGGCGGCGAUGGGCGCGGACAUCGACGUGAGCCUGGACUGCGCCGGGUUCAGCAAGACGAUGUCGACGGCGCUGGAGGCGACGCGGCCCGGCGGGAGGGUGUGCCUGGUGGGGAUGGGGCACAACGAGAUGACGGUGCCGCUGACGUCGGCGGCGAUCCGCGAGGUGGACGUGGUGGGGAUCUUCCGGUACAAGGAUACGUGGCCGCUGUGCAUCGAGUUCCUGCGCAGCGGCAAGGUGGACGUGAAGCCGCUCAUCACGCACCGCUUCGGGUUCUCGCAGCGGGACGUGGAGGAGGCGUUCGAGGUCAGCGCGCGCGGCCGCGACGCCAUCAAGGUCAUGUUCAAUCUCUAGGCUCUGCUGCCGUGCCGUCUCAAUGCUCUGGAAUAAAAAGGCUCUGGAUAUUUGGACUGCAAUAAGAGUGCCUUGUUUCUUGUUA